AUGAUCCGCCACGCAUCAACCUUUCUGGCCCUUGCCUCUCUGCCAUUAUGGGCUUUCGCAUCCACCGUCGAAUAUUCCAUUCCGUGCAACCCUCCUCAGAAUGCAGCCCCUUUGGACUCUGCUCCCAUUGGACUCUCAUUCGAGUUCUAUAUGUGGCCAUCAUACAUGACCAACAUCACCCCGCCGAUGCAGUGCGCCGAGCGCCUGUCGGACCUGUAUGGACGGGUGAUGCCCAUCCGAAUCGGGGGUACUACACAGGACAGAGCUACGUACGAUCCGGACUUUGACGGUUACGUCUCCUACGUAAACGAGGACCCGCUCGUGGCCCCAAUGGAGUUGACGUAUGGACCGAAGUUUUGGGAUCUUAUCCCGGAGUAUGGCGGCGAGGUAAUUCUAGGAUUUAAUCGGGGCGAUAACAAUCGUUCCAACACGUUCGCAGCGGUUGUCGAGGCCAAGAAGAGGGCACUGAGCAACCUUGCCGCAAUUGAACUCGGAAACGAGCCAGAUGUCUACAACAUGUGGAACAAAAGCAUCGUCGUCCCCCCUUGGAACGCCAGCCAGGAGGGAGCCAGCGCUGCCGACUGGGCGCAGGAGUUCCUCAACAUCUGGGAACAGCCUUUGCCCAUCCUGGCCGCAGGCUCCUACGCGGCGACCAUCCCCAGCAUGCCAGACUGGCCAAAUAUCCCCUACCUCAUCGAGACGGCCUUCAAUGACUCCGUCAAGGCCGGCGUCAAGAUGUACUCGGGUCAUUUGUACGCUGCGCCCCCGAACGAAACGGACCUGAAAGGGGAGAUGAAUCAUGUCAAGACCGUCGCGGAUUUGUCGGUCUUCAAAAAAUCCAUUGCCCUGUCACACGGCGAGGGAAGGCCGUUUAUUCUUGGUGAAACAAACUUCCAUCCAUACGACGUCCAUAUGGAUGAGACAUUCGGAGCUGCACUAGCAACUCUGGAUCGGUCCAUGCGUGCCGUCACCAUCGGGAUACAGCGCCUCUUCUUCCACCAGGGCACAAUUAAUCAAGCUCUUUUCAACUGGUGGUCCGACAACCAGAUCAACGCACCGUUCUACGGUGGGUAUAUGGCAGUGCAGGCACUCGCGGGAGGAACUAGCAUCGUUGAACUAGACCAGGGCGACUCUUCCUUUGCAGUGUACGUGGUUUACAGCGGUCGGCGGGCGUCUAAAGUCCUUCUUAUUAACACAGAGUAUUACACCGAGGGCGUGCGUCCUAGGACGGACUUUAUAUUGAGCGGGCUGUCAACCUCUCGUGUCACGGCUGUUCGAUUGACGGCUGAGUCAAGCGAGGUUGUCACUACCAAGGAGCAAACAAAGGGCAGCCCGCGCCCCACCCUGGGAGGUCAAUGGUUCUCCAAUACCGACUGUUCGUCCAAGGGCGCUCAAAAGCUUGAAACUUCGCGCGUUACAGGUGGCAAAGCUACAUUCUCAUUGAAGGCGUCCGAGGCAUUGUUGGUGUAUUUGUAG